AUAAAGAUUAAAAACAGGCGGCACGGUGGACGACUGUUUAGAGCGUCAGCCUCACAGUUCUGAGGACCGGGGUCCCAAAUCCCCAAAACAUGCAUUCAUUGGAGACUCUAAAUUGCCCGUAGGUGUGACUGUGAGUGCGACUGGUUGUUUGUUUGUAUGUGCCCUGCGAUUGGCUGGCGACCAGUUCAGGGCGGACCCCGCCUCCUGCCCGAUGAUAGCUGGGAUGGGCGCCCGAGCGAGGAGAAGCGCUAAAGAAGAUGGAUGGAUGGAAGUUUUCAAAUGUUUCAAAAGUUUAUCCAAACUUACCUCACGGGUGCAUAAAAGGAGUGAUUAGGAGUUUCAACCGGACACUAUUUUCUGCCGUCUUUGAAAUCGGGGUCCGUUAAAUCGAGGUUGCACUGUACUGUGUUGGAGUGUGAGGUGCCGAAUCUUGUCUGCCUUCCAGCUUUCUCUCCGUCCUCAUCGGCGGGUCCACCCCCUAAUCUUUAUCUUCAGCCCAAAAGCUGUGCCGAUCUCAAAACCAAACCUGCCAUCCCACCACCCAGAUCUUCUGAGCAGUUUCUGCUCUUGGGCCCCGCCCCUCUCGCAGAGGCAGCCAAAGGAUGGAGAGAAAGAAAGAACGCAAGAACACGGGAAGGAGAGAAGUUUUCCUCGCGCACGCUCGUCUGCUCUUGACGCGAACACGCUCAGCCGACAGACUCGUCCUCGCGGCCCACAUGACGGAGCAACUCUACGGCAGCGCGGCGUCGCCGGAGCCGGACUCUCGGUCUUCCUCCCUCCUCACCCCGGAGCAGCGUGCCGCCUUGGUCUUGGUCCUCGUCCUCUUGUUCUUCCUCGGCCUGCUGAUGGUGCGCUGCUUCCGGAUACUUUUGGACCCGUACCGCAGCAUGCCGGCCUCCAACUGGACCGACUGCACGGAGAAGGACGCCUUCGACUACCGCAUCGUCUCCUGACAGGCGGCCUGAGAGGGGCGUGGCGCCGCGGGAGGAGGCGGCCGGAGAGGAAGUGGCGAGAGAGGCCUCGACCUGGCAGCGCCACCUGCCCGUUUCGGACUGGACUGAGUGAGGAGGAGAAGAACAUAAGCCGACUGUCACAUGCAACAUGAUCUUUUUUCCCCUCGCACUCCCACCUUCUCU